CACUUCCCUCGCCCCGCCUCGCGCGCCCUUCGCCGGAGCCUCAGAGGGUGGCCGCGCGGCGUGCGUCCGGGGCUGCAGUCAUGGGGCUCGGGUCGAAUUCCUCCGUGCGGGGUAAGAGCGUGCAAGGUCGCGGGAUUGCAGCGGCGCCCUUGCAAGGGGGGGCGUUUAGGGGGCGGGUUAUGUGGGUUUCUCCGUGGUUCCCGAGCAAUUCUUUCCUCCCUUUUACCCGCGUUGCCAACCGAAAGAGAGAGACCUGUUACCUUAGCGCGGGGCCCUGUGUGCCAUGCAGUUCUCUUUCCCCGUAAAAACAGGCAUCUUCACGGCCGGGGAAAGAGAAAAGGCUCCGGGAAUGCGGCGCCUGCAACGAGGCGGGCGGGGCAUAGUCUUUUUUUCAUAAAGUGGACCCAGCCUGACUGUAUAGGGGGCGAGCAGUUUUGCACCUGCGACCUCUGCAGCUCCCCUAGGCUUUUAUUUGCAGUGACCUUCAGCAGUUCUUUCCCCUCCAGGGCUCCGGUCGCCGCUGUGGAGCGUUGCGCUGCGCAGCAGCAGCGAUGCCCCGAGGCUUCUUCCUCCUUCCCUCCUCGGCUCAUCUUCGCAGGCGUUGGCCAAGCGCUCGCCUUUCUCCCCGCACCUGCUUGCUCCGCGGGAGCCCUCGGGCGCCGCGCACUUCCGACAGCCGGGUUUCCCUGCCUGACCUCUGCCUCUCCCGCUCGCUUCUGCGCCGAGAACAAAGGAACUCGUGACUGCGCUGCAAAUGCCAAGCAUUUCGGCUGCUGGAAUUGUUGUCUCGGGUCUUUAAGCUGAGGCCCCGCGUUCCUAGCCGGAAUUUGGCUCUUUUUGGAAGGGGGCGUGGUGAAGCUCGGCCUCUGAACUGCUCGUGGUGGACGCCCUUGAAGCGCCUUUAACUAAUACCUUUGGGGAUUAGUGGGGUAGUUUAGUGCUCCUGCUGGGGGAAAUGUAACUAGGUGUCGGUUUGAGAAAGGUUGCAUUCAGGCGCCUGCUCCUAAGGGGAGAGGCUUCAGGGUUUCGUUUGCCUAAAAGGCGCACUUUGAUGCGAGGGCUGGCUUUUUGGUCAAUAGUGAUCAGAGGGCACUUGGCACAUAGUCAGAAACUGGCUGGGAUUCUCUCCUGUUUUUACUUGUAAGAUUUAGCAAACCAACAUCAACUAAGGGUGCUGAUUGCUAAUUCAUAUUUUGGAAAACUAUUGCCCAGCUUUGAAAAGAAGAAAAGAUUCUAAAGCAGGAUUCCUCAAACUCGGCCCGCCAGAUUUAUUUUUUUUUUUGGCCUACAACUCCCAUGAUUCCUAGCUAGCAGGACCAGUGGUCAGGGAUGAUGGGAAUUGUAGUCUCAAAACAUAUGGAGGGCUGAGUUUGAGGAAGCUUGUUCAGAAUCUAAAGGGACCUAACUAUUCUUUGAUCCUGGAUAAGUAACAAUCUUUCAAGUUCCAGGAUAUGUAGAGCAAAACUGUCAUCUUGUGAUGAAAAACAGGAUAAAGCAGCCGGGUGCUGUACAACAACACUAAAUAAAGCACUAUUGCUGUAAUAGCUGUUUUCAGUAUUUGUGUUAUUCCCUACUCCAUGUCAAGUCUCCCAAUUUCAGGCCUUAAUUUCUGGGCAUUCACAUCUCUAAGGACACCUGAUGCACACCCAGAGUUGUAAUUUUUUGUAGGUGUCUCUGUCCAGCAUUUUUGGCAGGUGCCUGUCGGGAUCAUAUGUUAUAUAGCUCAUUCCUUUUGUAUAUGAUAUACAAGGCAGGCAGAGAUAAAGAAGAGGGAGUAAAUAGAAUACUUUUGGUGCAGAUGGAGUUUCUGCCAUGCCCUCCAAUAUGUUGCAGUUUCCAAGAUGGUUGUCCAGGAAGCCUUUUGCAGAGCUUAGUCUUAUUCUCUGCUCAGCAUAAAAUAUCUCCGGUUGUGUGAUAGGAUUUUUCCAGACAAUUUUUAUAGGGAAAAUUCUUUUGUAAAUUAGGGUAAUUUGCAAAUGAGAAAAUCUUCCAUUUGCUUUAGUAAAUUUUCUGAUGUCCCAGAUCUAGAGAAUAACCUAAUUCAACAUGCUUAUCUUACUUUUCUUUAGUAGACAAAGCUAAAAACUCCGAAACCUCCAAGUCUGGCUAAUGGCAUCUAUUCUGUAUUACUAAUGAGCUUCUGGAAUGGAACAUUUUCUGCAGAAAAAGAACUGGGUGUUCUCAAAACAUUUUGAUUCUAACGGUAGUCAGUCUUUCUAAAACACUGCCUUCAUACUGCGACCACACAUUGUAAACACAACUUUCUACCAUGUCUUCGCUAACAACUUUAUCUCUUCCCACCUCCCUUCAUUUAAUACUGAGCUUGAGAAGAAUUCUGUGAUGAUUCUGCAAAAGCAGCCCACUUCUGGUUUUUGUUCUUAAGCUGGUCCAGAUAAAAGUGUUAUGGAUUUGCACAUAGGUGUUAGGGACCAGUUGGUGGAGCUUAAGCUUCCUACACUCUGGAAUAUUUUUGGUCUGCCUGGAAGCCCUGCUGAAGCUUCUAGGGUAAAUAUGUUGGUUGUGUUGACUGCCCCCCUUGCUUUAGUGCAGGGGUGGAGAACUUCCAGCUGGCAGGCCUGAUUAGGCCUACCAGGCAUCCUCAUUUGGCCUAUGAGACCGUUUUGGCCAAGCUGCAGUAACUUUCUCUGUACCUGAUGCUGUGCAUGAGGUCAGGGCAGGUGAAAACCUGGUUUAGCUGAAAGUGUGUUUAUUUGCACUGCUGAUCAGCACUUUGAAAGGAACUUCUGAAGAUCCAAUAAUUGGCUGAUUGUCAGAAGCCCCUUUCAAAGCCCUGCACAAAAUAGUGUUUUGAGAAAGGGUUCUGAAGACCACCUCUGAGCAAAAAAGGCCAGUGGACCUCAUUGUGACAUCAGCUGAUUGACAGAUGGGGGAGAUAACAAUCUGGCCUGCUGGGCUAAAAAUGUUCCUACUCCUACUUUAGUGGAACUCCUGAUUCAACGUAAUGCCUUCUGUUGAAAUAACAGUGUGGACAAGGUAUAAAGAAUUAUUGCACAAGAUUGCAUCUUCAGGGUUGCUAAUCCAAACACAUAAAUCCCAAUGCAGUCAGUGGGAUUUUUAGAAUUUUUAAUUGGGAAAUAUUUGCUUGUUUGCAAAGUUAAUCACCUCUGGUUAGCCUGGAAGCUAGUAACAUGUAUUGUGUCAAUGAUUGUGAUUGAUGAAUAGGUUGACUUCUCUUUCCUCAACAGAGUACUAGAUUAAUAAUAAAUAAAUGUACUAGUGACCUUAUUUUUACCUGCCGGAUAAUAUUGGAAUUCCUUCUCUUCCUAUUAGAACCAUUUCCAGGUUAUCUCUUGUCUCAAUAUGUAGUUCUAUGUAACUCUUUAGAUCUAACUUACUUGUUUCUCAUUUUGGCAUUCCUUAAAGUCCUGUGUUAGCUACAUUUUUGACCUUUUGAAAAUAGUACUUACCGUACUUGGAAAUGGUUGUGCCCUAAGUUGCAUAGAGAGGGGGAAGAAGUCUUGAGGGUUAAUCAUUUCCUUGAGAAGGGAAACACGAUUUCUAGUAUUCCAAAGUUUAUUUACCCCUUCUACUGGGUCUACACAAAAGAAAUGAGGUGGUUCCUUUCCAUGAGUGUCAGAACAAAAACUAAAGCUACAAUCGUAUAUUUGAACUUGAUCAAACUCACCACUUGGUUUAGAAUAGCAUUUUAGGGGUUGAAUCCAACUAGGUUUUACUUGGAGCUAGACCCACUGAAAUCAAUGGACUCAUGUUAACUAUGUCCAUUAAUUUCAAUAUCUGUAUUCAGAAUAGGUCUAACAUUAGAUGUAACCCUAAGGCGCUAAUCCUGUGCACACUUUGGAAGCAAAAUCUUUCUGUGUUUAGUGAGUAGACAUGCAUGGGAAAGAGUGCUUUCAGUUUAUAUUCUGGCAGUUUGGGAACGCAGAUUAAACCCUCCUAAAUGCUAUGAAGUUUGUAUGAGGAGAAAAUGAAAAUUCUGUCAGACAGUAACUUCUCAGCACCAGUUCGCACAAAAGGCCUUAGUGAGUGCUCUCUAACAAUUUCUCCAUAUUUCUGUUUCAGUUGAAUGGAUUGCAGCCGUUACGUUUGCUGCUGGAGCGGCAGCCAUUGGAUAUCUUGCUUACAAAAAAUUUAUCAGCAAGGACAGAUGCUGUAAUGGGAUGGUAAAUCUCCAUAUCCAGAAAGAUAACCCAAAGGUAGUUCAUGCAUUUGAUAUGGAAGAUUUGGGGGAGAAAGCUGUGUACUGCCGGUGUUGGAGGUCUAAGAAGGUAAGAGAAGAAAAUGGCAUAUAUCUUGUAACUUUUAAAUUACAAAUUAGCUGAACCCUCCACAGCCAAAGUACUUACUUUUAGUUCAUCAUGAAGAAUCAGAAGGAAUAACUGAAUUAGAAGCAGCCAUUGAAGGAAAGUCCAAUAAUCGGCUAUUUCUAGAAUCAAAGCAAUUUUCCAUAUGAGGAAGGUUUCCUCUUGAGAGCAUGUAACAUAAGAGUAAACACCAUUGAAUAUUGAUGUUUAAGCAUUCAUAUUUUAAGACAACUGAGAGGGGUAGGUUAUAGUGGGAAAAGAAAUAUUGCAACAGGAGAAUAGGUUGUUCAAUGUUAGAAGCAAAAAAGGAAUUAUUAUAGUGUAAAUUGUAGCAGUGGUUGUAUAAUAAAGCAGAAAUGUUGAUCAAAUAUGUUGAAAUACUUUGAUCCUGUCCUUGUUUUCAAGGCCAAAUGUUGAUACUAGUCCUCAGACAAAUGUAUUUUAUUUAUAAUGGCAGGAAUUGAAAAUUGCACUUUUUUGAUGGUCCUGUGAAUGUAAGCAUUUUUGCAAGCCAGGCAGAAUGACCCUGCUCUUCCCCCCCCCCCAGCCCCACCCCACCCCAAUGUGCUGUUUUUGGGAUUCUCCUGACUCUCCAGAAUAGAUUUUGGGGGAGGAGAGGGUAGAAGCCCCAUUGCUGGCUUCUGCUAGUGCAGUGGGUUAGUUGAAUCUAGGUCUAAGUUUAGUACGGACAAGUCUUCUGUCAUAUCAGCACAGGAACUGUGAUACCUUCUGAUGGCCUACUAAAUUACUAGAUGGUAGCAUAGCCAAAUUUCUUCAGCAUUGGCUGUAAACAGCAUUUAACUCAAGACCAUGGUUUGUAUUAAUCAUGGUUUGCUUAGCCAACCAUGUGUUGGUUUCACAGUUAAGAAAAUACACUGUGACUUGGUUCUCCAAAGUGCAACUUGUUUUCCACCUGUGCUGAUCUUGUGGGCCUGUAGUUUGGCAGGUACCUGGGAAGGAAUAGUCAAACAAACCAUGGUUAAGCAAGGCCGUUGGGUUGAGAAAUAAUGCCAACCAUAGUCUUUAAAAUCAGUGAUUUAUAAACCAACUACAAACCAUAGCAUUACAUUCUGAUUUUCUUGCCAGAAAAUAAAUUAUGGCUAUCCACUGGGCUGCAUUCAGAUUUUCAAGUCAACAACACUUAAGCUAAACAAACCAUGACUUGGUAUAAAUCAGGCCACUCUUAGGUUUCCUUGUUGUUUGUGAAUUGCUAUUUGCUGUAUAUAAAAAAGUAAAUUUAAGGCAUUUUUUCCUCCCUAGUUUCCAUUAUGUGAUGGGUCUCAUACAAACCAUAAUGAUGAAACGGGAGACAAUGUGGGACCUCUGAUCAUCAAGAGAAAAGAUGCAUAAAUGAUGAAUGAUGUGGACACCGCACAAACAACCAUAUUGCAGUGUUUUCUGCUCACUUGUAAUUGGUGUAAAAAUGAGGUCUUAAGUCAUUUCACUGAAGAUUUUUAGAUGUGUGGUAUACAGUAUGCUGCAACUGAUAUAAUUCAUGGUGUUUGCCUUGCUUAAACACUACAAUGUAUGUUAGGAAUGAAUACUUGUGACCUUGCUUUUGUUUUGUCUUGUAAAAUGUACAUUCUCAUUAAGUGUAUUAAAAAAAAAGACCUUUCGAAUGUACUCAGAACUAUGUAUGGGAAGAUAAUACAUUAAAUUAUUUUCAAAUAA